AACAGGUCCGUCCCGUUUUGCGUCGCAGUUAAAAAUAAGAAGGGUGGUGCCGAGCCCCCUUCGUUUCGGCUGUUGGCAGUAGAAAUUCUUCGAGUGCCGCUUCUUGUCACUUGUUGGACACCGUCCGCUCUUGUCGUUCGGGACACACGCAUAUCGAUCGUGGCACGCGGAAAAAGUGAGGAUACGGAUUGUGAACCGAGUGUAAUCAGGACUCGGGAUCGAGGGGAGUGAGGAACCUCGGUGUGGUGGUGCUGCUGGUGAACAACGCAGACAAAAAAAAAGAGAAAGAGAGAGAGAGGAAGAGGGAGAUUUCUCCUGGAAACGGGAACGGCUAGAUGGCAGUCAGCACUCUCAACAUGGCACCCUACUUCACUGGAUAUCCCUUUCAAGGGCAGGGUCGCGUGAACCAGCUGGGCGGUGUGUUCAUCAACGGCCGUCCAUUACCGAACCAUAUUCGUUUGAAGAUCGUGGAGAUGGCAGCGGCCGGCAUCAGGCCGUGCGUCAUAUCGAGACAGCUGAGGGUGUCCCACGGAUGCGUAUCGAAGAUCCUGAACCGGUAUCAGGAAACGGGAUCGAUCAGACCCGGCGUGAUCGGCGGCAGCAAGCCGCGAGUCGCUACGCCGGAAGUCGAGGCGAAGAUCGAGGAUUUCAAACGGCAAAAUCCUGGCAUAUUCAGCUGGGAGAUACGCGAGAAAUUGAUAAAGCAGGAUGGAGUCUGCGACAAAGCCUCGGCACCCUCUGUCUCCAGCAUCACCAGACUUUUACGUGGACCAGCCAACCAGACCCGUCCCAACGACGAUCCACGCAGGAAUCACUCCAUCGAUGGCAUUCUUGCGGGAAGUAGCGGCGAUGACUCCGAUACGGAAAGCGAGCCCGGCAUCGCGCUAAAGAGGAAGCAACGCAGGAGCAGGACUACCUUUACCGGCGAACAACUGGAGCAACUGGAAGCGGCUUUUCAUCGCACGCAAUAUCCUGACGUGUAUACCAGGGAAGAACUCGCACAAAAAACGAAACUGACGGAAGCGCGAGUGCAGGUCUGGUUUAGCAAUAGACGCGCCAGACUUCGCAAACAGCUCAAUAGCCAACAGCUGAACGCCUUCAAUGCCAUGGGAUUGCAAUCCUUCCAAACUCAACAUUACGGCAGUGGCGCUGAGAGCUAUCAGAGCUAUGGGCAGGCGAGUGUUACUGCCGCCGCAGCCACCACCGCCAGCUACCCUCAGCAUUACAAUUAUGGGGAUAAUUAUUAUACAGCACAGCAACAAUGGCCACGAACAACUCCGGACAAUUACGGAUUGUUCAACGCUUCUCAUUACGGCAGCAGCAAUCUCGCCUCCAAUCUGACUUCCACUAAUCUCAGUCUGGGCAGUCUGGGCAGCGUGAGUCCAACCGCGUCGAACAUGAGCGCCUGCAUGGUGCAAGGCGGUGCAUCUUCCUCCGGUGUGCCAGUUUCGACGGGGAUGACGCCUCACGUGACGCCUCACAGCCCCAGCGAGGCGAAGAGCGGAUAUCCUUACUUGGGCGGCAUCGAUUCUCAGGUUUGCGGAAGAGUUCACUGAAUGAAGUCUGUCACGAGGAGCGAUUACACGCACUUGCAAAUGCAUCGCGUGAGAGACAGCGAUUCGAGAAGACGCUUUGUUGUUACGUUUAUCUUGUCUUCCUUGAGCGAACUUAAUUAAAUCGUGUAAAGAUAAAAAUUGGAAUUAUUUAAGCGCGCCUCGGACAUAUUUCUGUUCAUAAAAAAUACGCUUCUCAUACGUCUUUUGUUGUUAAGUUAUUGUAACUUUUUUGUUAUCACGUUGUUACGUCGGAAAAAUUUGAGGAUCAUUGUUUCAGCGACGAUUUUUAUGAAAAAUAUUGCAGCAUUGUUUCUAAAGUCGUAUAUAAUAAAAAGUAUCAUCUUUGUAAUAAUAAUUUCUAGUUAAAUUAAAUGUAAAAUAUACGUGUGUUACGUAGCGUUCGCGAAAUUUAGAGAGGAAAGAUUUUUUUAUUUAUAAAUACAUAUACUUUCUCGCUAUGAUUUUUAAAUGUAUAUGCAAGCCGAUUGUGAUGUAAAUAUUUUAUAAUCGCUCAGUACUGCUAUUGCUAGAUAAUACGUUCAGGCUUUUCCGCAUUAACGCUAUUGCAUAUUUAUGAUAAAGUAUAAAACUUACUUUAAUUAACUCUAGAUUCGUAGGUGUAAGCCGCACACUCUCACUUCGAAGAAGUGUCGUAAUUUAACGCGAAGGUUUAUUCGUCGCAGUGAUCAGCACUUACGGGCAAUAAGUUGUGCAACAACAAUGCCUCCGAGAUGCUUUAGAAUUACUUUAUUAUAGUAACGAUAUAUAAUAUAAAUUGCAUCUAUAUAUACAUAUUUACGUAUACAUAUUCAAGCAUGUUUUAACGGAUAACGCUGUAUAUACAUAUAGGUAGUAGUAGUACGAAGCGUUAAGAAAAGUUAUUGCAAACGUAUUCCUAUGGCGAUUUUAUUCAACAACUUGUCUAAUUGGCCAGUUACGUAAGUUUACUGUAUAUAUAACACACGGAGCGUUUCGCCGACGCAACAGAUGUAUCUGAUUUGUAUAACGCACUGUUAUAUAUAAUA